CUGAUAGAAGUCCAUUCUGCUCCGAGUGCAGAGGCAACGGGGGGAACAAGCAUCCACUCUGAAGUUUAUCACAAGAGUGUUUUAGAGCUGUUUUUAUGAAGCUGAUAACAAGAAGAGUCUGCUUUCACCACAUUCCAUAGGAAAACCACAGGGAAUGGAUUUGGUGUUGGAAUUACUUUCAGUUUCUUAAAAAGAAAUCAAAUCCAGUUGUCAGAUGUUUCCUGCAGGAAAACAAUCACUCGCCCAGAAUUUCCCGAGACCAAAAGGUGCCUCCCACUUCCUGCAGAGUAAAAUAAAGCGAGUCCUGGCAGCUGAUAGAAGUCCAUUCUGCUCCGAGUGCAGAGGCAACGGGGGGAACAAGCAUCCACUCUGAAGUUUAUCACAAGAGUGUUUUAGAGCUGUUUUUAUGAAGCUGAUAACAAGAAGAGUCUGCUUUCACCACAUUCCAUAGGAAAACCACAGGGAAUGGAUUUGGUGUUGGAAUUACUUUCAGUUUCUUAAAAAGAAAUCAAAUCCAGUUGUCAGAUGUUUCCUGCAGGAAAACAAGUCAUGAUGGUCUUUUUGCUGGGCGCUGUCAUCGCGGCUUUGACUCUUCUGGGCCCCGCUGCGGCCUUUGCACCUUUCGGGGGAAGUGCGUCGACCCAUGACAGCAUCACUAGGAAGGCUCUUCUGCAAAAAGUUCAAGAGAUGUGCCAGCCAGCUGCUGAGGGUGAUUCCCAAGACUUUGGCCAGACGGAACCAUCUCCAGAGGAGCUCGUCCAGGCCUGUCUGGGUGAUGAUGUCAAAGGAGACGUGUCCGGCGCCAAGUUUUUCAUGGCACUCCGAGAGAUCUCAGUUCAGAACGGGCUGGUAGACCUCGACUUUCUCAGGAGUGCUCCACAUCACUUCCAUUCUGAAGCUUUCUUAGAGGGACGCGGUCUGAUCAUGGAAGGCAUGAUGGCUAUUAAGGCUAAUAUUCAAAAGGAGAACUUCAAGGCUGCCAGGGAAACUCUGGGGAGGAUCCUUCAUACUCUCCAGGACUUCUACAGCCACAGUAACUGGGUGGAGCUGGGAUACAAAGAGCCAUACAUCAGCCUCAUACGGCCGGAUCUUCCCCUGGAAAACCUGGCAGAUGUGAGCACUGCCACCUGUAGGGACUGUGUCAGUGGACAAUGUCCUAAUCAGAUCCUCCCCAACAUCCUGAGGGACAAAAUUCUCACAUCGGGCUAUAUGGGAAUUUUCUCUUCUGCUAAACCUCGAGGCAAGUGUAGCCAUGGAGGUGGGUCUGAUUACACCAGCACAAGAGCCCCUCGUGGAGGCAUCAACAAAGACGAGCGCAAUCCACACAAUGCAGCCUUCCAUGACAUUGCUGUCAACUUGGCCACAGCGGCCAGCCUCCAGCUGCUGGAGGACAUCCGCUCAGCAGCAGGGGACCAGGACUUUCUCAGGAUGAUGGGGAUUGCACGCUCGUCUGUCGUGGCCUUCGUGAUUGACACCACCGGCAGUAUGUCAGAUGACAUAGAAGAAGCCAGAUCGGUGGUUUAUGAAAUCAUCGACAGCAAAAACGGAACGCAGGAUGAACCAUCGGAGUAUAUCCUUGUGCCCUUCAAUGAUCCCGAUUUUGGACCGCUGAUAAGGACAACUGACCCUAAUAAAAUGAAAUCAGAAAUUUCUAAGCUCAAAGCACACGAUGGUGGAGAUGUCCCAGAAAUGUGCCUCUCUGGACUUCAGCUCGCUCUCACUGGAGCCCCUUCCUCAUCCUACAUCUAUGUUUUCACUGACGCUAUAGCCAAGGACAUCGCACUAAAAGACACCAUCACGGCCCUCAUCAGAAGCACCAAAUCCACGGUGUCAUUCUUUAUGACUAUAGCCUAUGGAAGGCGUCGUCGUUCAGUCACAGCUGCUUCCUUUGAAGACUACAAGGAUCUAGCUGUAGCAUCUGGAGGCCAGGCCAUCCAAGUGUCCAAGGCUGAGCUGCCUAAGGCCACAGAUGUUAUCCUUGACACAUCAACAUCUGCCCUGGUUACGGUUCUCCACAAAGCCUGGAAAGGAGAUACGGCAGAAACCUUCCCCUUCAUGCUUGACGAAUCACUAAAAGCUGUCACAAUCUACAUCACAGGGUCAUCUAUAACUUUUACACUGACCAACCCUGCCGGAGUGAGCCAGAAUUAUGACGAGGCUAAAGGUAAACUGGGAGUGAUUCAGACGGUAGGAAACCUCAACAGAAUUCGUCUCAAUCCUGACAAGCAGUCAGGAACCUGGCAGAUCAGAAUUGGAUCGGCCCAUCCGUACACACUCAAAGUCACAGGCCAGAGUACUAUCACCUUCAUUUAUGACUUUGUGGAAAAGUUCGGUGGACCUCACUCGGGUUAUGCAGUUCUCAGUGGGCGUCCACAAGCAGGCCAGCCUGCCACCCUGAUGCUUUCAGUACUUGGCAGAAAAGGACCCUCUUCGGUGACUGUUAAAGACAUCGGCCUGUUGAUAGUGUCUAGUCGUGAUGAAGUUACAAACGGCUCAAUGACUGACUUGGGCAAAGGAGACAUCCUGGUCACUGUGGAUAAAGUUCCAGAGGGAGAGUUUGUGGUUGUUCUGAGAGGAUUGGACAAGCUGUCCAACAGCGAAUUUCAGAGGCAGUCAACCACACAGAUGUCCGUCUCUAAGCUUCACAUCCAGGCUCUGGUGAGCAGCAGUGUUGAGCCUGGCAAAACCUUGAUGGUUCCCUUCCAUGUGAUGACCCAGGGAGGCGGUGGCUCAUACACCAUCAAUGCCAGAAAUGACAAAGGUUUUCCCAUGACUUUCCCAGACAGCCUUGUCUUGGUGACGGAACAAUAUGGAAAUGCUACGUUAACCAUUACACCACCUGCCAGUACCGAAUCAGGAACAGAUGUCACUUUGACGAUUGACGCCAAAUCGUCCAGUGGCGCUGACUCCAAUUAUGUCAUCCUGAGAUUGUCUGUGGUCACCAAGAUUACAGACUUUGUGCAGCCACAGUGUGAAGUGGUGAAUGUCUUCGCUGACGAUUGUCCUGAAGAUCAGUCCCAGUGUGGACAUUUCCAGUGGGAGCUCUCGGCUAACCUUACGGAUGGAAACGGCACCGGGAUAGAGAGGAUCUCCCUGCGACAGGGCGCUGGAAUCCUUUCACAUUCAUCACUGACUGCUCCCAACAUCGAGGCACACUAUAACGCCUCCUGCUGCUCGCAGAUUGUCGAGUUUGUAGCUGUGGAUAAAGUUGGUAACGUGGGUAAAUGUUAUCACUCGAUUAAGCGAUCGGACGCCUCUCCUGCGGGAACGCUGUCUCCGCCACUGUGGCUUUGCCUCCUGGUGUCCAUCUUUGUCGCACGGCCUUGAAGCGGUUUCAUUUGCUGACUCUCAUUUGUUUUUAAGAACGUAAAAUAAAUUGGGAAAAGUUCUUCACUGUGAAUUGUUUAUCUGUGAUGAGUUAUAAAACAAACAAUACAUUACAAAAUAAAAUUAAUUAGACUUAUUUAUAUGUCUGAAACAGCUGUUAAAUUAAUUCUUUCAUCCUGAUAAUAGCUCUCUUUGACAUUGGAUGUGCUACUACUAGUUUACCCGUUUAAUUAUAGAUUCACUAAGAUAAAUACAAUAAAGUUUUUCUCUCACCAAAUAGAAUAUUUAUGAAGAAAUCACAGUGUAACCAUAGAAACACCACUUGGUAUAUGUGUUGUGUGUGUGUGUGCCUGCUCUGUCUUCUCCAUCCCCAGUGAGUUGUGGAGGAUGGCUGCUUAUACUGAGCCAGGAUCCUCUGGAGGUUUCUUCCUGCUAAAAGGGAGAUUUCCUCUCCACUGUCGCUACAUGCUUGCUUAAUAUGAGGAUUGCUGUAAAGUCACUGACACCAGUCAGCUUGAAUUGACUUGAAUUCAUCUGAUAUUUUUUUAUCUCAAGGAUUUUUGUGAUUUAAUAAAAUAUUUUAAGAAACUUG